CGAGCAAGUUCUCACGUCACGUUUUCAUUACACAGACUUGUUUCGUUUGUUCGUGUUUGGUAGUUGGUGCGCGUCCUAAACUUUUGUGAUUAAUAUGUUCCAAACAAACAUAUUCAUCAAAAUAAUACAUAUCGGUGUUUUACAAGUGAUAAUAACUUAGAACCUAACUACUACAAGGACGAUUGAUUUACGACGACCCUGUAUCAUAUCCCACAAAAACAUGGAUAGCCUUGACGAUUCGGAGACACACGCAAAGAUAUCGGAUUCCGCUUACUCCCAUAGCUGCAGCAACAGCCAAGGGCGUAGAAGUCACACCUCAACAUCGACCCAUUCGGGCAGCCACUCCAGCGGAAGCAGUGGUUAUGGCGGCAAACCAUCCACUUCCGGAAGCAACAACAGCAAUAGCCUCGGGCAGCCACCAGAGAAGCGGUCCAAAGACAAAAUUGAGAAGAAGAAGAAGCCGUCACAGCUGGAGACCAUCAUUGCCGAGGAGACCCUGAGGCCCACCGUCAUCGAGUCCACCAAGAUCAGUGAAGACCAGGAGCAGGUUAAGGAAAAUGAUGCUGAACAACAGCCGCCGCCUCCGGCAGAAUCGCCGAAGGUGGAAAAUAUGGAGAUUGCGAUCGCCAAAACCACCGUUGAUCAAGACAAGAUUAUUGAUAAUUUUGCAUUGGUGCGUUCGCUUGCUGACUCGCUGCCUUCCACUUCAUCCGCCAAUGGCAUUAGUGGCUUCUCGUGCGUACUGUCCAUACACGAUGGGGUGGUUAUGUAUACGUCGCCGGCUAUCAUUACUACGCUUGGAUUUCCGAAGGAUAUGUGGAUCGGCAGAUCUUUCAUAGACUUCCUGCAUCCUAAGGAUCGUAACGCCUUUGCAUCCCAAAUCAUGAGCGGUCUUGGCGUCAACAAAGAUACCAACCCCACGCAGCCAGUAAACAAACCCGUGCAAAUCAUCUUCACCCGCAUUCGGACGUACUGUGGCCUCACCAGCUGCUUCGGAGUCAAGAACAACAACGUCUCAUUCAUGCCCUUCAAGGUGCAACUCGCCUUCAAAGACAUCACCAAUGCUGAGGGACAGAGCUUCUACCUCGUCAUUCAGGCCACGCCCAUCUCUUCGGCGUUUGCUCACCCCAACGAGUACUUGAGCAAACCCACCCCGUUCCACACCCGCCAUCUGGCGGUGGGGAAGAUAAAAUACAUGGACCCAGACUCAGUCAUGUACCUAGGAUACCUGCCGCAAGACCUGAUAGGGAAGGACAUCCUUCAGCUGUACCACCCUGAGGAUUUGCCGUAUUUGUACCAGCUGUAUGAGACCCUUGUCAGGGACAAGUGCACUUUGAGGUCUCGGCCUUACAGACUGCUGAUCCAAAAUGGCGAGUACGUGAGAUUGGAGACGGAGUUCUCAAGUUUCAUCAACCCCUGGUCUCGGAAACUGGAGUUUGUCACCGGGAAACAUACUAUCGUUGAGGGUCCAUCAAAUCCGGAUGUGUUUGCGUCCCCGCACGGCAUCAAAUAUCCGAAGUACAACGAGGACCAACGGGCCAAGUUCCAGAACUUCAGAGACAACAUCGUCAGGGUUCUCAACAAGGUAACAACAAAAUCAGGCAAGACUACCAACCCGCCCACACUGAAGAGAUCCAUGGAGCUGAACGUGUACCAAGCGCCGUCUAACGCUGACCCGGCGCCCGUGCUACGUCUGGAGGUGCAACAGCCAGCUGAUAGCAGUUUCUUUGAGCGCGACUCAGAGAUGCUGGGAGGCAUUUCGCCUCACCACGAGAAUGAGUGCAUGUCGGGGUCGGAGACGCCGCUGAGCUACACCCAGAUCAACUACAAUGAGACUCUGCAAAGGUACUUCGACAGCUACCAGCCGUAUACUUACGAAGAGUACAAGGCAGUCAGCGGACAAAACUUGCUGAGGAAUCAGGGGCCAGCUUUUGCCAGCCAGCCGACGGGUUCGGGCAGUGAGUCUGCGGGCAGCAUGGCGGACUCGGGCGGCAUGAUGGAGGAGUACCAGGGGGCGCGCCUCUCUGAGUCUCUGCUUGUUCAGCACAACUCACAAAUGGAGAAGAAGCUCAUUAAAAAGCACAGGGAGCACCGUCCCGGCUCAAAGAUAAUCCGCGAAAGAACGUCUAAGGAGAACAAACAGAAGAAAAAGGAACACUUAGCACGCUGCAAUGCGCCCUACCAACGGACUAAACCGACCCCCACGUCUCCUAACCGUAAAAGAGAGAAAACUGAUGUUCCAUUGUACCGCUCCGAUUCCCGAAUGGAAUGUGGACACCGUCGGAUAGCGCAAAUGCAAACUCAGCACGACCACGAGCACCAGCACGGCACGAAGCGGGCAUCCUGGCAGUGCGACAUGGAGUUCAGCGAGCUGAAGAGCCAGGGGCGGCCGCGCGCGCCCUCCGAGCAGACCUCGCAAAGCCGGGCACAGGCGCACAAUGCAGCGGCGGCGGCGCAAUGGUCGUCCCCUCACAUGACGCGCGUGCCCCGCCAGCUGCCCAUGAACUCCGUGCAGGCCAUGCCGCAGAUACCGCAGCAUCCUUACGGAAUGCUGCCGAUGUACUAUUUAUCCACCGCUGCGCCUCAAGUGCAGAUGCCUGGUGCCUACUUCACCAACGUGCCGCCAUGCACCUCCAACCAGUUCCACACACCACUGCCCUACAUGAUGUACCCGCAAGCAGUCAUCGGCACAUCGUUCGUGUACUCCCCGAUGAGUCCUCACUCACCCCACGCGACACACUCGGGCGCGGCGCAGUGCCGGCCCAACACCAUGCGCCAGCGAGCCUCGCCCUACAGCAGCCAGUAUGAGGAGGAAUCCGGAGACCAAACCAGCCUCAGCAUGAGCAUCAGCGGCGGAAGGAACUCGGGCGGCGACGAGCGCGGUUCCAGCAAGACUCGGAACACCAAUAGCCAGAAUACAUCAGGCGACCUGACCAGCAUGAGCAUCAGCAUCAGCGGCCGCGGCAACUCCAGCGGAGACGAGCCCGGCUCGGGACGGGAGCAGAACUUCCCCAAGAACCGAGUGAUACUCCGCUCGCGCGCCGGCUCCAACGGCGGCCGCAGCCACCGGCAGGAGAAGGGCGAGCGCACCGACGGGGAGUCCAGCUACUCGUCCUUCUGCUCCUCCUUCUUCAAGACCGAGUCCUGGGCCAGCGGCGAGGAGGCCGACGCGGCCGGCGCGCAGAAGAAGACGGUCUGGUCCGGUGAGAAGACCUCGUCGCAAGAGCGGCAACAGGCUCUGGAGAAUGGAGCCGGGUUCCGCAACUACCGCGAGAAGCGCAUCCCGCGCAGGAAGGAGCCGCCAUGGAUGGACCAGGACGGUGUAUCAUCAGACGUGAUGUACAAGUACCAAGUUGGAACAAAGAAUAUGGAAGAAGUACUGGCUGCAGACAAGGAGAAAAUCAAAGCCUUGGAGCAGCCGUCGUUGGUGAACGAGCAACUGAGUCAGCUCUACCUAGACCUGCAAUUAAACGGGAACCCCUCCCGGCUAACCCUCGAAGAGGGUAUGACCAGCUCAGGAAGCUCAGGAGAAGAGACCAGCAACAAGUUGCUCAACCCACUCAAAGUACCGUGGAGCAAAACCAUGCCAAGACGGCGGCGCGAAUACAGCCGCCUAGUCAUGAUCUACGAAGAAGACGCCCCCCUCCCCCCUCCCGAAGACGGCCAACCCCCCACCUCCAGGGCCCCCACUCCUUCCACCUACCACCAGCAACCGUCCACGUCGUCAUACCACCCGCAACCCUCGACGUCGUCGUAUCAUCCACAACCUUCCACGUCGAAGCAGAAAUAGAUUUUUAGAUUAAAUAUGCCACCCGAAAAGUGUCCCUAAAAUAUGUCAUUACUGUAGAACUUAAAUUUUAUUGUAUUUUUAAGUUAGUAGGUAGAUGUAUUUUGUUUUGGUUAAUGUCAAAGAGAUACUAAAAAGGAGAGGUGAGGCGUUAUGAUCAUGAUAUCGAAUAGAUAUGCAAUGGUGAAAUUAUCUUGAAGUAAUUGUGCUCUUAUGUUGCUUUAGAUGCAUUCCAGUGUAGUUUUUUUUUGUUUCGAGAAUAACAAUGAGCCUUACGGUUUAAAAAAGGCAAACUUUUCAGAAUUUACAUUCAUUUGUAUACAUUUUUGAACUGGGAAAUGACUAUUUUUUUUUAUUUAAGAUAAACAUCGUCUCAUCUCAGAUCGUCUCUUCAACUUCAUACAGUCUACGGUGACAUGGUAUUUAACUCAAAGUGACAUUAUUUAUUAGUAAGUACGUAAUGUAGUUUGGAUAACACGGUCUAUCAAGGUAAAAAGCAACUCUGUUUUGUGGUUACAAUAAGUAUCAAUUAUGUUUGUUAUAUGUAGAAAGCCUUUACUAUUAUUUUUGAGGUGAUUAUUUUAUUAUAAAAGCCUUUUUUAAUGGUUAUAAUUAUUGUUUAAAGUUAUUUUUAACACGAGUUAAUCGUAAUUAGACUAUAAAAUACAGUCUGUCAUCAAAUAUGGUUUAAAAAGUUAUAAUUUGUUCAAAACAAGUGAAAUCUCAAAAGUCUAAGUACG